AUGAGCAAUAACGACUCUUUGUUGGCGAACUUGAAUGCAUUCAAGAGCAAGGUGAAGGCCGGACCUGCACCUGGAGGGCCCAGAAGCACAGAGAACGAGGUGAAGAAGCGGGAGUUUAAGAGAGAAGAGAGCCCUGUGCCCAAGAAGGUGAAGAAGACCAGCGGCGGGACACCCGAGCAGAGUCUGAAGGGCACGCAUUUGUCGACCAAGCUGCUGCUGGCCACAGAGUACAUCCAGGAGCGUGGCGAAGCUGUGCCCAUCGAGCAGAUCGAGUCAUACCUGUCGCUAUCAUCGGAGAACAAUGUGAUUCCGCUGCUGAAAAACAUCAACAAGAUUAAGUUUGAUCCUAAGCACAACACGCUGCAGUACGUGUCGAUCUACGACGUACACUCCGCGGAGGAACUGCUACAGUUGCUGCGGUCGCAGGUGACGUUUAAGGGCAUCUCGUGCAAGGAGCUGAAAGACGGGUGGCCGCAGUGCACGGAGGUGAUCGACGAGCUAGAGUCUAAAAACCGAGUGCUUGUACUGCGCACCAAGAAGGACAACCAGCCCAGGUUUGUGUGGUACAACUUCGGCGGUUCGCUAGGUGGCGUGGACGAGGAUUUUGUAAAAAUGUGGGAGAACUGCAAGCUGCCGCAGCGGGGAGAGCUGCCCCGGAAGUUGCAGGACUUGGGGCUCAAGCCCGCAAGUGUGGACCCGGCAACCGUCAAGCGCGGCUCCUCGCGUGUGGAAGUCAAGAAGCGCAAGCAGCGCAAGGGGAAGAUCACCAACACACACAUGGCGGGGAUCCUCAAAGAUUACUCGGAUCGUUUGUAG